AUGUCUGGACGCGGCAAACAGGGCGGAAAGGCGCGGGCCAAGGCCAAGACUCGCUCUUCCCGAGCUGGUCUUCAGUUCCCCGUGGGCCGUGUGCAUCGGCUGCUACGCAAAGGCAACUACUCCGAGCGGGUGGGCGCCGGGGCKCCGGUCUAUCUGGCGGCGGUGCUCGAGUACCUGACGGCCGAGAUACUGGAGCUGGCUGGCAACGCGGCCCGCGACAACAAGAAGACGCGUAUCAUCCCUCGCCACCUACAGCUGGCUAUCCGCAACGAUGAGGAGCUCAACAAGCUGCUGGGCCGUGUGACCAUCGCUCAGGGCGGCGUCCUGCCCAACAUCCAGGCGGUGUUGCUGCCCAAGAAGACCGAGAGCCAUCAUAAGGCGAAGGGAAAGUGAGAAGCUUACAAUUUUGCAGUACUCCUUAUUCUCCGAAAUCAAAGGCUCUUUUCAGAGCCACCCACUAAUUCCUUUAAAAGUGCUGGAAUACGUUAAGCCUGARUGUUUAAGCUUCAUUUUUCAUUUCAUUGUAUUUUUUGAAGCUACAAUUAAUAGAUCCCAACACUUGAGGAAAGUGCUCGUUUUUGACCCUGCAACAGUGCAUUGUGUUUAAUUACAUUUUAUGAUUCAAACAUUAGUAAAAGUAGGAGGAAAAAUUAGGUU